UGUACUAAUGUGACAUGUACAGAAGUUAUCACCGCAGAUAAGCGACUUCUAAUAAAUGAUCCUGAUGUCAUGACUCAAAUAAAACAAAUGUCUUUGGAGUUACAAUCUCUUAGACAGAAAACGACACAACUGGAACAGGAAAGUACUCAAAUGAAACAGGAACUUUCUCAAAAGUCCUCAGAAGUAAACCAAAUGAAACUGGAUCUUGGAUCAGCCAACAAUAAAAUAACACAGUUAGAAAACUCAAAUUCGGGAUUUGGUUCUGUUUAUACAAGAUGGGGGAGAAAGGACUGUCCAUCAAACGGAACAGAGAUUGUUUAUACAGGAGUUACAGGUGGAGGCUACUAUGGUAAUACGGGAGCUGCUGCUAACUAUGUUUGUUUACCUCACGACCCAGACUUCAUUCAGGGUGAUACACCUGGUGGCGAUGCAACAAUAUACGGGAGUGAAUAUCAAGACAAUCAUUUCGGUCAUAAUUUAAUUGACAAUGAUGUGCCUUGUGCAGUUUGCAGAGCAAUAACAAAGUCAUCGGUGCUGAUGAUUCCAGGCAAAACAAAAUGUUAUGGAGACUGGAACCGAGAAUUUUACGGAAGAUUGGCAGCAGGAGCCGAUGGCCAUGUGGCUGCAUCUGAAUAUGUUUGCGUUGAUCACCAGGCGCAAUACAUAGAAGGCGGUGCUGCUGAUACUAAUGGAAAACUUUUCUAUAAGGUCGGGGCUAAAUGUGGGUCAUUACCGUGUCCACCUUAUUAUGAUAAAGCACCGAUGUCAUGUGUUGUUUGUUCAAAGUGAACGUAGUAUGUUAAGCCUGUACAUGUAUGGCAAAGCUUAAUGAGU